CCCCUUCUCUAAGGGUUCCCAGGCUGAGAAGGCCUUCAAAGAGAUGAAGGAUAUCGGCCUCAUCGAUCAUGAGUGCCUACAGAAGCCUAAAUUCUUCAGGCAAGUUGGAUUUUACUUCUAGGGCAAUCAUCCCCUUAUCUCAUCUGAUUCUGCCCAAGUUAUCUCCCCUGAAUCUGGUGCCAGGGGCUCUCAGGAUCCUACUUCUCCUAAGAAAAAAUGAACCCUCAUCCUUUGACACUGGAAAUCCCACAGUCAAGCCUGCUAAUCCUCUUGAUGAUCCCGAGUAUAUCGAUGCCUAUUCCUCGGCUCCAGAUGUAUCACCUCCUGUUAUGGUCUUCCAGAAACCAGCCACCACACAGAAGCGCAAUCAUCUAGACAUUUCUGCGUUGUCCCAACCCAUGAGGCAAAAAGGUUCCCCCUUUAAGUCAGUUUAUCGGGCAUCUGCAGAUAUUUCUACCCCCAAUGUCCCAGAGGUAGUUCUAGUCCAUCCUCCAUCGGGUGCACCCACUAGGGAUAGCAACCCAGCGUCCCGGAUGGACAAUGCAGCCCGGAUGUCCCAAGAGGAUCACCCCCUGAGGGUACGGAUGAUGUCAUCUCACCAGGCGGGCAGCCCCUUGUGACCACUCCUACUGGAUCUCCAUUAAAGGUUCCACCAUUGCGACGAGGGCCCCAACUGACCAUGUCCACAUGCCUUCUUCAUCAACUUCAUCACCUUUUUCUACUGCAGCCAUCCUGUGUGUAACACCCCAACCUGCAUAACCCGAAUAAAUAGGUUAAAGAACU